AGGACCACUCCAAAGUAUGUGACUGAUAUUAUUACACACCAUCCUAUUCUCUGAUCCGCCCAAAACCUCGCUCUAUGCAUAAGCUAGAGUGGGCAUUUACGGGAAACACGACGUGGAUCAAACCCUCGAUAGUUCUACCACCACCUGGGACUAAACUAGCGUGAAUAGUGAAAGAGAAAGAGAAAGUGUGAAAGAGAAAGUGACUUUGCGAUGCUUGGGAAGAAUUUCAUUCAGCUGGUGUUGUCGGUUUGCCUUCUGUUAGACUCCGGGAAUGGGGCUCACGUGUUGUUCUUAUCAUCAGUUCUCUACCGACAAGAUGUCAGGAUACAAACAGUAAUGGCAAAAGGACUGAUCGACAAUGAAGAUAACGUCACUGUGAUGGCUCCAAUUUCUUACGAAGAUUUCAGCUUACUAGGCUUCCCUAUUCAAACUAACUUCAUUUCUCUUGAAAACUUGGCGAAAGUUCAACAAACGGGUUUAACUGGUGCAGAAACUGAAAACUUCUACGAUGUGAUGAAUUACGCUGUAGCUACAUGCGGUCAGUUCUACGCAGAACCAGAGAUUUCCCGGCUCCUCUCCGUACAGCACACAGAGUACGAUGUAGUGAUAGUUAAUGCUGAAUUUAACGAAUGCGUCCUCCCGGUCCUGAUAGCCACUGAGGCUAACUUUAUUAUACUGAGUACAACUAACAGGGUCCCGUCCUAUAUCAAGUACUCGCUGGGGGUUCCGGAGCAGCCAUCUUUCAGCCCUGACCAGUGGUCACUAAAUGACAAACUCUCCUUCACUAAGCGGAUGAAAGCGCUUUUCAACUACAGGAAGCUUCUUCACAAGAUGCACUGGUGGUAUUACCGAAGUGUGAACAGUAUAGCGUACCAAACCAUCCCCUCCCACAUCUCAUUACUGGACAGCUAUCAGCGAGCUUCCCUGAUUAUGCAGGACGCUAAUCUCGGUAUUGAUCUGUCGCUACCUACUUUUAGCAGUGUCGUGCCCAUCGGAGGCAUCCAGUGUAGAGAUGGGAGUCCGGAGGCAUUACCAGAGGAUAUCCUGAAGUUCAUAGACGAAGCCCCUCACGGUGUUAUAUUCGUGUCUUUUGGAACUGUCCUGAAACCUUCCAAACUCUCGUUUGCGAGUCUGAUGAAAUUGGUUAAUGUCUUUGGGAGGGUGAGGCAGCGCGUGAUAUGGGUAUUUGAUGACCUCAGUGUUAUCGAGCUCACAAAAAAUGUGAUGCCAGUCAAAUACAUUGACCAGCAAAGUGUACUCGCCCACCCGAAAGUGGUGUUGUUCAUAACGCACGCAGGACACUUUUCACGACAAGAGACGAUCUAUCACGCUGUACCGUGCAUCGCCUUCCCACUCUUCAACCCUCUUCAGUUUGCAAACGCUGAUUACAUUCAAGAGAAAAAGAUAGGAAUAAAGUUCCUUAUUGACGCCUUCUCCGAGGAAAUGCUCAUCAAUGGGAUAAUGGAGGUGAUAACAAACCCCAAGUUUAAAAACAACAUCCAGCAACUCUCCAACCAGAUGAGGGACACUCUAUCGUCCCCACUGGAUACUACUAUCUUCUGGAUACACUACAGUAUUAGGAACAGGGGCUGUUCUUACCUCAAGUCUCACUCUAUGCAUCUGUACUGGUUCCAGUAUUAUCUAAUAGACGUUAAGAUAUUUGUUCUGGUAUCGACGUUGCUUGUAUUGUACGUGGUUACUGGAAUCUUACGAUGGUGUAAAAACAGGUAUCUCCAACAUCGUCUUCAACAACAGCAGUCGGCGCAAGGUCAAAACAGUGUGAAUCAUGAAUCAAAAAAGAACUUUUUAAAUGCAAUGAAAAAUGAAUAGGUUUAAGAUUAAUUGAUGAAGUUAUUAGUUUAUUUAAUGAUAAUAUUUAUUUAAUAAAAUUAAUAAAGUUAUUAGCUUAUUUGUGCUUUUCA